AUGCCAUUCAGUAUGUAUUUCACUUUCAAACCUUCACAACGUUCGUAAAAAUUUAAUAACAUUGCAACAAUAUUUUGAAUUGAAUUUCGUGUUGUGGAAACAAUUAUGGUACUUGUGAGGCAGAAAUCAACGUGAAAACGUAAUUUAACCAUUAAAAGUUUUUACUAUGAGUGUAUCAGUGAGUGAGAAACCAGUGGAGCUUGACACUGUAUUGGAGAAGUUCAGCAUCUACCAACGAUAUCAUCUAGAGAAGAUCGCACUUAUUUUUAUAGCACUUUUGACCAAUUCGAUUUAUUGUAAUCAAUUUAUUUUUGUCACGGAAGCAGUAUCAUACAGAUGUGCAGACUCGCAGAAUUUCAGCGAAACGCCGGAGAUGUGUGGCAAGAAUGUGUCACAAAGUUGCAGCCACUGGGUUUAUCAGGACCCUGACAGUUUUGUGGCUCAAUUUGACCUCGCCUGUGAGAAUUGGAAACGAACUAUGGUGGGGACAGCACAUAACGUAGGUUAUAUGAUUGGUCUACUCAUCGUUGGACCUCUUUCUGAUAAGUUCGGUCGAAAAAAUAUUUCAAUAUUGACGGGAGUAUUAGGUGGAGUAUUCGGCGUAUUGAGGAGUUUCUCUAAAUGGUACUGGUUCUUCAUUGCAAUGGAGUUUAUGGAAGCUCUCAUAGGGGAUAUCUGCUCGCCCAUGUUCGUAUUAACGCUAGAAAUCGUCCCUUCUAACAAGCGUCUAGUCUUCAACAUGCUGGCCAGUUAUGGUUAUACAGUCGGCGGCGUGCUCCUUGCGGUCUUUGCCUGGCUCAUUCAAGAUUGGCGUUGGCUCCUACGGGCCCUUUACACGCCUGCUCUUCUGUUCAUUCUCUACAUCUUCUUCCUCGACGAGAGUCCUAGAUGGCAUCUAUCAAAAGGACGAAAGGAAGAAGCAAUUGCAAUUGUAGAAAAAAUCGCAGCAAAAAACAAAAUAAAACUUGACCAAAACAUGCUUGACAAUUUAAGCUAUGAGAAAGAAGAAAGUACUAGUUUGAAAAAGAUUUUAGUGAGCACAUUAAAAUCCAGGAAAUUGAGAACAAGAUUCUUUGUAUGCGUUAUUUGGUGGAUGACAUCUACCUUCGUGAACUACGGAAUGGUUUUGAACUCUGUAUCGUUACAGGGAAAUAAGUAUGUGAACUUUGGUCUGACACAAUUGGUUGACGUUCCGGGCUUGUUGAUCGUUACAAACAUUUUGCUGCGAUUUAAACGAAAGAAGCCGUUGAUAAUUUGCUUUACUCUUGGAGCUAUUAUGUGUCUGGCCCAGCCUUUUGUACCGCAAGAUAUACCGUGGCUGUCCAUAACGUUCUACAUGAUUGGCAAACUGAUGUCAUCCUUCUACUUUGCCAUAACAUAUUUGUAUACUUCGGAACUAUUUCCUACAUACACUAGAAACUCCAUGCAUGCUCUGUGCUCAUCUCUAGGAAGAGUUGGAUCUAUACUAGCGCAACAGACUCCAUUGUUGCUGGUCUACUGGAGUGGUCUGCCAGCAUUCGUAUUUGGGUCAGCCGCUCUUUUUGCUGCAUUUGUAACACUUUUGGUCCCUGAUAUAUCAGAUGACUCCCUUCCCGAUAAUGUUAAGGAAGCAGAAGCAAUAGGCAUGAAAGACAAGGCUGUGAGGGCAUGACCUUCAUGACGAUGUUUCGGGAAAAUAAGUAUUAGAGACAUUGAAAUCUUAAUAUAUUUAAUUUAAAUUGUAGUACUAUUUUAAAUACGUGUAUAGUUUCGAUUACCCUUUCAAUUAAUAGCACUAGACAGUUUCUUUUGUGAACUAGCGAGCUUUGGAAUCUGCUUCCAUUGAAUUACGAAAUCCAAGUAUUUAUUUAUUUAUUCACACUUCGUUGCAAAGAAACACAAAUAACACAAUACAUAAAAAAUAGAAGGGAUGCAACGGGUGGCCUUAUCGCUAACAAGCGAUCUUUUCCAGGCAACCCUAGUAAGAAAAGAUAAAAUAAAUACAAAUGAGAUCUAGAGAAAAACAAAAAAAAACAUAGAAUAUUAAUAACUAACUAAAAACUAAAAAGCUAAUCUUAAAGAUUCAUGGAUAGCUAAUAGCGAUAUAAUACAAAAGAAGAGGAGAUGCAAGAAUUAUACAGGUCACGAUUGAUCUGCUAAUCAAUAUCCUCAUGAUAAGGUUUUUAAAAAAAGUAUUCCUCCAUCAUCGCUAGCAUAAAUCAUGAAAAUAGGUAGCUGCCAAAUAAUUAUCAAUCACCAAGCUUACCUACUUCUAGUUAAGUACUUCUACUGUCUUCAAUCGCCAUGCACCUCUGUAGCGGCACGAUUUUUGUGAUCAUCUUAAAUUUAUGCAGUGAUCAUAAAAUAUGUUUUAGUUAGUUCUAUUGUAAUGUACCUUGACUUUUUCUGUUUGUUAGAUAUUUAUUAUCGUGUACAAUGUUAGGUUGGUAAGUCUAAUGAUGUCAUCAAAGAAUAAAACCCAAAUUAUAUCCCUUUUAAGGCUGAUGUUACAGUCAUGGAGUUAUUUUGUAUUUAAGAGGCUUCGUUAUUUUAGUUGAGUAGUACGCUCGCAGACGCCCGAGUAAAUUUUUAACUGUGACUAUUAGUUCAAAUGAUACAAAAUGUUUGUAUUUUGUCUCUUAUUGGACAUUGGAAUGUAACAUAUUUAUUGUACUAUAAACGAAUUAAUUAAUUUAGAAAUUAAACGCUGUUCAAUUAUUAUAUAUUAAUUAAUGCAAUAGUGCACAUUGAUGAAUGAGCAAUAGUUUUAAUGGUUUUCAAAUGAAAUUAAUAAUAAAUAAAAAUAAUGUCUUGUCUUU